CACAGCAGCAGACUUAAAAUAGAGACAGAAACUCAGAAAAAGAUGAAGAAUAGUUUGGUUUUCUUGUUGAUUUCUCUGAUAGGAUUGAGUGGAUUUGUAGGAAUACUGUGCCGAGGAGGAGGGUUGAAGAAAGAUUUUUAUGAGAAGAGUUGCCCCCAUGCUGAGCAUAUUGUUCAAAGCAUAACUUGGAAAUAUGUUGCUUGCAAUUCCACUUUGCCUGCAAAAUUUCUCAGAAUGCAUUUUCAUGAUUGUUUUGUUAGGGGCUGCGAUGCCUCAGUGCUGUUGGAUUCUACAGCAAAUAACUCAGCGGAAAAGGAUGCAGUUCCAAAUCAAUCCUUGGCAGGAUUUGAUGUUAUUGAUGAGAUCAAGAGCCAUCUAGAGAAGACUUGUCCUGAAGUAGUCUCUUGUGCAGAUAUCUUAGCUUUAGUUGCUAGAGAUUCAGUUUCAUUCCAAUUUGGAAGGCCAUUGUGGGAAGUGCCAACUGGGAGAAGAGAUGGUAUCAUUUCCAGAGCUUCUGAGGCUCUUGCCAAUAUUCCUUCACCAUUCUUCAACUUCACCACCCUCAAACAAUCUUUUGCCAACAAAAGCCUUACAGUUCACGAUCUUGUUGUUUUGUCAGGUGGACAUACUAUUGGAGUUGGACAUUGCAAUUUCUUCAGCAACAGGCUAUACAACUUCACAGGAAAAGGUGAUGCAGAUCCAUCUCUAAACUCAACCUACGCUUCUUUCCUGAAAACCAAAUGCAAAAGCCUAUCAGACAACACAACUAUAGUGGAAAUGGAACCUGGAAGCUCCUUAUCCUUUGACAACAAUUACUUCUCAAUCUUGAAGCAAAAUAAAGGCCUUUUCCAAUCUGAUGCUGCCCUAUUAACAGACCAAGGCUCUAGCAACAUUGUCGAUGAGAUGCUUAAUUCGAAAAAUUUUUUCGAUGAAUUUAAACAAUCAAUGGAAAAGAUGGGAACAAUUGAAGUGCUUACAGGAACUUCAGGAGAGAUCAGGAAAAAGUGCACUGUGAUCAAUUCUUAAUGGCAAACUGUUACUAUCCAGCUUUUGUAGCUUGGCCGGGUCUAUGAAAUUUAAGUAUUUUCAAUGUUUUGAACCAGCAGGAAAGUUUCUUUAUAAUGUUCAAUUAAGUAUUGUAUUGAGUUGAAAAGAAUGUCUUGUGAAAUAAUUUCAAUGUUUUGUUUGAUCAUAUGGUGAGGUUAUAACAAAGUUAUC